AUGUCCGCUGUUGAUUUACGUGCAUCAAAAGCGCGGUGUCAAAUUUUGCCUUUUUUGCGGCAUCGCGUCUUUUCAUUAUCGCUUCUACUUCUUGCAUUCUCCAUUAUUUCUCCUGGUUUUAUGAGUGGUUUCCUUUGGGGUUUGUACAUAUCAUUUAUAUGCUUCCUGUACUUUUUUGUAUCUGGACCGGUGAAUAAGAAUCUUCCUGUACAUAGCGAUGUUGUUGUGAACAUAUCUGAAGAGUUUAAGGAACAGGAAACUCCAAAAAAUAAAAUUUAUAAGGGCUGGAUGAAUGAACUUCGUGGCAAUUACGAUUCGUCAACUUAUCAUGUUAAUAAUGUUCAAACAGUUCUUGUACGCCUUGAUGGUAAUUUAUUGCGCAUUUCACGUCCAGAACGAGCUGUUCUCAAACAUGCGUUCCACACUGAUCCAACAUUAACAGAGGCAAAACCUACAGUUUCAAGUCAAAGCAUAUACAAUCUAGUGGGAGCUACGAUCACAUUGCGACCCAAACGUUUGGCAAGAAGACGUUGGUGGAGUCGUAAAUAUCCAAUACAUAUUCGCUUAGCUUCUAGAGAUAGCGAAAUAUCAAGAUUUCCAUUACUUCGAAAAUCACGUUCUGUGAAUGAAGCAAUCGAAUUUGCGAAGUCUGCAUCAUCCAGUGACGAAAGCUGCGAUAUCAGUGAACUCAAAUUAAUAAGCGGGAAAAACAAGAAAAUAAGGUCAGAAUCAAUAGAAGCAAUGCGUGAGGAUGGUAUGAAACAUCUUUCACAGGAAAACUUCGGUGGAGAUUCGCAGUGGGUGCUUUGUACAGAAAGUAAUCAGAGAAACUCAGAUGACAAUUCAUGCUUUGAUGAAUGUGGAAAUUGUCGAAGUAAAAAUUUAGCGAGAGGCCGGAGUUUAUACUUAUUUGUUCGAAGUGCUAGAGAAAAAGAACGCUGGUUUCACAGAUUACGAGAAGCGUGCAGUCGGUACAGCACUGCGGCUGUAGAUAUAACGCUUCCAAUAAGUGAUGUGAAAAAAGUUUCACCAGAUCGUCGUUUUUCACUUCCUCUCUCAGCUGUGGAUUCAGAUUCGUUGAAAAUGAGUUUCGAGUAUUUUCUUUACGUCAGCAAUCGCUUGCAGUUCAACAAAUGUAUUAAUGAAAUCCUCAAAAUUCCACGCGAGGGAAACGAAAAACGAACUGAUGGCAAUAUUAUAUAUAUGGAUUUGGGACGUAAUAAAUGGAAUCCUGGAAGAGUUGAUACUGGUUCACAGCUUGUUAUGUCUGUAAAUGCUUUAGUUGCUAGAAUAUUUUAUGACUUUUGUCAUGAUACAUAUUGGUGCAAACAAGUCCAGGACAAAAUUCAGUCUAAAUUAGCCACUCUCCAUUUGCCGUAUUUUAUCGAAACUCUAGAGCUUCCAAACUUGGAUUUGGGCACUACUCCUCCUGAAAUUGUUUCUGUUCAUUCACCUAUUCUGGAUGAUUGGGGGCUUUGGGUUGAUUUUGAGUUGAAAUACCGCGGUAAAAUCCAUUUGACAUUGGAAACAAAAGUCAAUUUAAUGAGACUGAAAGAGGGAAUGCACAAGAAUGGAAUGUGCAGAGAGAUUAACAAAGUGAAAAUCCCGAUACGCGUUCAUCAUUAUUCUGAUUCAGACCUUCCAGAAUCUCCCGAAAGCAGUCCAGAUGAAGAUUUUGGUUCUAAAAUGGAGAAAACUCAGAUUGCAAAAGAAAGUACGGGUAGAAAGUUACUGAAUGUGGUUGAUAAAAUAGCUAGCAGUAAUAUAUUUCAAGGUGCCUCUGAAUUCCCACCUGUAAAAAAGGUGAUGGAGGGCAUAUCUUCGACACGUUUAUUGCUAAAUGUCGAUGUAACACGCCUAGAGGGCACUAUGACGAUCAACUUUCCACCGCCUCCUUCUGACAGACUUUGGUAUGCUUUUCGCACCCCCCCGGAACUUUCAAUCAGAAGUGUUCCCCAAGUGGGCGACAAAUUGGUGGAUAUGAGUACUGUCUCCAGCUGGAUUGAAAAUAAACUUCGCUUACUGUUAGAGAAAAAUUUGGUCUGUCCAAAUAUGGACGACUUGAUUAUUCCUCUAAUGAGUGGUAAUGAACUUUUGAAUAGUGGAUAUAAUUGCUGA